AUGGUAUUUUCAGAAUCGAAGCCGUACAACAGAAGGACACUCAUUAAGGAGGUCAAAGUGAUGAAGACGUUGAAUCACGAAAAUUGCAUCAGAUUCCACGAAGCCGUCUGGGAGGCUGGAUAUUAUAAAGCUUGGAUUGUGAUGGAAUAUGCUAAUUGCGGGGACCUGACGGACUUGAUUGACCGUGUUACGUUGAGAGAAGACCACAUGGCCGCGUUCUGCAAGGAGGUUGCUCAAGGACUCGAGUAUCUCCACAGCAAGAACGUCGUGUAUAGGGAUGUGAAGAGUGAUAACAUCCUCCUCUUCAGUAACGGGGCUGUUAAAAUCGCUGAUUUUGGAUUCUGCCAGGAGGACAGAGAGGAGUUCAAGACGAUGAUCGGCACACCAUACUGGAUGGCUCCUGAGGUUUGCAAAGGCCAAACCUACAACUUCAAAGUCGAUGUCUGGGCUCUCGGGAUCAUGACCAUGGAGAUGAUGGAAGGCGAGCCCCCACUCUUGAGCGAAGAGCCGCUCGAAGCUCUGAAAAUAAUCGCAAGGCGAGGCACGCCAGCUCUCAAACAACCUGACAAGUGGAGUAAGGAGCUGAAGUCAUUUCUGUCCUUUUGUCUGACUGACUCGGUGCCUUGUCGAGCAUCCAUGAAGGAAGUUUUGGACCACGAUUUCUUAGAGAGAAGAUGCUCGAGAUUGGAGCUGAGCACCAUCAUUCUAGAAGGGAAAAGGGUCGCUGAUCUCCGCCCAGUGGAAACCUUCGAAGGAUUCGAGGAAGUACACUGA